AUGGCCGAGGGGAGGUCACUUUCCAACCCCCAAGGCCUUGAUCCCGGCGACUACCCAGUCGGUGGAAACGUUAUCGUGGAGAUCUAUAUGGGAGGGGGAAAGCGACAUCCAGUCCCUUUCGCAAGGCUUCCUGAGCCUGGACCAUUUACCGGCUGGGAUAAUUUGAACCUCAUGGGGAUUAAGUAUGAAUUGCAGGAUAAGAAUGGGCAAUGGAAGUCAACGUAG